CUAACGCUAAGCAGCCGGACGGUUGGUUUUCCUGCGACAGAGACGGAGCGGACAGCGGUCAGUAAGGAUGCCUUUCUCCGAGCUGUAUUUUAACGUCGACAACGGCUACCUAGAGGGGUUGGUGAGAGGCUUCAAAGCCGGAAUACUGUCCCAGGCCGAUUAUUUAAACCUCGUCCAGUGUGAGACCCUGGAAGAUCUGAAGCUCCACCUGCAGAGCACAGACUAUGGCAGCUUCCUGGCAAACGAGGCGUCUCCUCUCACUGUGUCCGUCAUCGACGACAAGCUGAAGGAGAAGAUGGUGGUGGAGUUUCGCCACAUGAGGAACCAGUCGUACGAGCCGCUGGCCAGCUUCAUGGACUUCAUCACGUACAGCUACAUGAUUGAUAACGUCAUCCUGCUUAUCACCGGCACUCUGCACCAGCGGGCCAUCUCCGAGCUGGUGCCCAAGUGUCACCCGCUGGGCAGCUUCGAGCAGAUGGAGGCGGUCAACAUCGCCCAGACCCCGGCCGAGCUCUACAACGCCAUCCUGGUGGACACGCCCCUCGCCGCCUUCUUCCAGGACUGUAUAUCUGAGCAGGACUUGGAUGAGAUGAACAUUGAAAUCAUUCGUAACACACUUUACAAGGCUUAUCUGGAGGCUUUUUAUAAGUUCUGCUCCAACUUGGGAGGAACGACAGCCGACACCAUGUGUCCCAUUCUGGAGUUCGAGGCCGACAGAAGAGCCUUCAUCAUCACCAUCAACUCGUUCGGCACAGAGCUGUCCAAGGAGGAUCGUGCCAAGCUCUUCCCCCACUGCGGCAAACUUUACCCAGAAGGCCUUGCACAGCUGGCUCGUGCAGACGACUACGAGCAAGUCAAGGCCGUCGCUGACUUCUAUCCUGAGUACAAGCUGCUGUUUGAAGGCGCCGGCAGCAACCCAGGAGACAAAACUCUGGAGGACCGUUUCUUUGAGCACGAGGUGAAGCUGAACAAGCUGGCCUUCCUCAACCAGUUCCACUUCAGUGUUUUCUACGCCUACGUCAAGCUGAAGGAGCAGGAGUGCAGGAACAUCGUCUGGAUCGCCGAGUGCAUCGCCCAGCGGCACCGCGCCAAAAUCGACAACUACAUUCCCAUCUUUUGAGCUUCCUCUUCCUCUCGCCUUCCUCUCAUCAUCAUUUUCAUUCACUCUAUCGUCUCCAGUCGCAGCUCGGUGUUAAACACUCUGAUGGUUUGAUGCUAAAUUUACUUCAUUCUUCACUCGUAGGUGUAAAUUGAUUCUCAACGACAGAAUUUCUUGUUGUAUUGCGAAUUCUGACCCACAGCGUAAAAACUUAAAUGCAGCUUUUAAUCGGAUAAGAAUCACAUGAUCUUGUUGGUUCAUCAGAGGUACUUCCUGAUUGUUUUAACCCAUUUGACUUUCAAACACUUGUUUGUCUAAACAUUCUAUAGUGCUGUGUGUUGUUUCAGCGGCACGCCCUGUUCGUCUGGCUCAUCAGCUGCACAGGACAAAAAAUAAAUAAACCACAGGAAGAAUUUGCAAUUUACCGAGACUAUAGAACGAACAGCUCCGGGUUUAUUUUUCUCCAGAACUCUCAGCAGCAAACACCGGCCACCUUUCUGAGACAUGACACAGCUGCAGUAUGUUUCAGAUUCAGUCAGAAAAUCCUUGUGUUAACCCUCAGUCUGUCCGGUUCAAAGCAGACACACAAAAACAUUCCUCCAUCAGCCGCCGUCAGGUUCUGUAAACCUGUAUCUAUUCCUGUUUUUAGUGCUAGCGUUUGUCAGCAUGUCUGGUAUUUACUGUGGUUUUUCCCCAAAAACUAAUGAGCGAAACAUGUGAGUCCCGAGUCCCGAUUUCUUGUCUACAUAGUUUGUUGUUAAAUAUUAAAAACUCGACAGGAGCUUCCAGUCGUCUCUGCUCCUGCUUCUGCAACUGAAACUUUCUGGAAUGAGGCAAAAUCUUGUGGGUGUAAGACAGACGUGAUGUUUAAAGUAUACAAAGAUAUAUAGAUAUUUAAAGAUGACUAUAUGAUUCUGUUUUCUCAUGCUGUACAAAUUGAUUUAUUACUGUUUUGAUCUGUUAUUUGUGAAAUGUGUACUGUAAAUGUAAGGAAUAAUAAACAGACUGAACUGUGCAAUGCAGGUCUGAAGGAA